AUGUUCUACAGCCACGAGAUCCUCACCAGCCACCAGUUCGGCGUCGCGACAAUCUGGGUCGUUGCCACCAUUGGUCCUCGUGGCGGCGGCACGCAAAAAAAAGUGUCGCGUCGGGCUAUCGAAGAUGUUGAUAUUCGGAAGGCCUGUGAAAAGAUCAUUCAGCCGGGAGCGCCCAUCUCCCUCCGUUUGCAGAGCAACCUUCUUUAUGGCGUCUCCCGUGUCUACUCGUCGCAGUGUAAAUACAUGCUUACCGACACAGAGAAGAUCCAGACGACGAUGAAGACCUUUCUCAGACUCAUCGCCAACAACGAGACUGAUCCCAAGGCUGGAAGAGCGAGGCGUGAGCAAAUCACUUUGGGCGACGACCCAGGCUUCUUUCCUACUAGCAUUAUGCCCUUUUUCACCAUUGACGAGGACGGCAAUCCCUGCUUCGUUCCUAGAAGUCAACAUUCGUCAGGAUGCAAGCCAAACAAGUCGCAGUCGCAACUCAGUCCGUUUCCCGAUCCUGUUGACUUCUUGGACGACAGCGGCCACGGUAAUUCGCCGUUCCAUCUCGACUUCUCCCAGUCGCCAGAAGUCCCCGAUUUCCGCUUGCCUUCCCCCUUCGCGCAAAGAUCCGCGCAGAAGACGCUCCUUCCUCGGUCGAGGGACGAUAUGGAACUCGACAUGAACGUAAACCCGUUCGGAGCUCUGGACGAUUUCGACAAUUUUGGUGGCGUGGAGCUUGCCAUUGACGAAAACGGCGCAGUGAUCCUGGACGAAGACGAGCUCGAGUUACCUGAGCUUGCAGGGAUCGACAUGGAUAUGGCCGACGUCCCACUUCAGCAAGAUCAGGUCGUGGACGAGGACCAAGAUGCUGUCAAUGUCCUGAAUACCGACGCCCUGGCCGCCAUUCCAGUCGGCAGCGAUCCUCUUCCCCUCUUGAGUGAUGCACCGCUCGCCCCGGAACCUCCCCUCGGAGUCCAGAGUGAUCAAGCAGCCGCCACCUCCAAGAGGCGUCGCCGCAUUUUGAAGCUAGACAACGGCACGCAAAUUUCCCGUUUAGUUCUCAAAUCCUGGCAGGAGGAUUACCUCCAAAACGAAGAAAGGGCGAUCAAGAAGCGCAAGAGCAAUGCCAGCCAAGCAAAAAAGAAUGCUUACUUCUUUACUUUGGGAAUGGGCAUUGGAGGCGUGGGUAUCUACGGUGCUGAUUUCCCCUUGGCCGAGAUGUUCGCCGGCGACGGUCUUCGCGAUGUCAUUUACGGCCCGCCCGCCGAAGGAGAGCUCAACGUCCAGACACCUUCCUCCAAAGGUCGUCGAAGACGAGCAGAUGAGGCCUUCGGUGAGGGCAGUGGUGGUCAUAGGGAGCGAAACGUCCGUCCCAGGGUCAACGAGACACCACAGCAGGGCCGCUCGAUGGACGAUAACACCGGAUUCGACAUGGCAUUCGGAGACGAUUCGCUCCCCGAGAUGGGCAUGGAGGCCGGCCAGCCAAUGAAUGAGAAUCCGUCGUCCUCUAUGAUGCCCUGGGCCCACACCCCUUCGGCGGGUAGAGGCUCUUCGGUCGCCAGCCACAGCGCUCAGCGGCAUGAACACGGUAGUCGUCGCAAGUCGGCCAGCAUUCGCGGAAGCAGCAUGCUUCCUUUUGAGCCCCUCCAUGAUGCGCAGCACACGAGCGACUUUGACGCUAUCCCCUUCGACAUAUCUCUUUCGCAGGGCUUGGCACCUGAGAGCCCUCAUCCAGCCGGAAUCCUGAUCGACGCUCAGGAGGAAGGAGGGGACGACUCUCAGUGGAUGCGAUCGAUGCUCGACUCCGCAAGCGGGGAGUUUCUGCAAUGGACCGAGGAGGAAGCCAAGAAGAUGGGCCAGAUCAAGGAGGGAGAUCCAAAGAAGGGCCGUCGAUGGGUCGAGUUCGAGGAGCUCAUUGAGCCCACGAAGCAGAACCACAUCGUCGCGGCCCAGGCAUUUUACCAUAUUCUCUCACUGGCGACCAAGGAUGCGAUUGCGGUUGAGCAACAUGUCGCGGGCUUGCAACCCUUCGGACGGAUUCGAAUUGGAGUGGAUAUGACGGCGCACUUCAACAACAGUGAGGAGGAAUGA